CCCAGUUCUGGAUUGUGGGGUGCAAUUGCUGCCAUGGGUGCAGGGCCCACCCCAAACCCUUGCUCCCUGGGGAGCGGCGCAGCCGUGCUGAGGAGUGGGGCAGUGUGAGUGGAGCUGCUGUCUGAUUUGGGCCCCCCCAAAUGAAAGGUGCAGUGCAGAGUUAUCUCUUUAUAUAUGACCAUGAGCCGUGGUCUCCAACAAUGACAAUGCAGGGCAGAAACAGGUGUCACCUUAAUACCUUCCCAAGAAAGCCAAUUACCCCUGGAUGAUUAUGAUUAAUAAUUCUCUAAGCCCUAAUCGCGCUGACAGCAGUGCCUGAGGCUUACCCCAGGGGGCACUUUAUAAGGGCUGCCCCGCAGAGGUGAGCGUAGCCACUUCUCCUCGGGGUGACGGCCAAGGCUGAGAGGUGGCGGGAGCCCCACUUCAGAGGCGAUCCCCCUGCACUCUGAAAACACCCCUCAGUAAAAGCAAAAGGCACCUCACGAACCGCAACCAUGAACGGGACAGAAGGCCAAGACUUCUACGUGCCCAUGUCCAACAAGACUGGGGUGGUGCGGAGCCCCUUCGAGUACCCCCAGUACUACCUGGCUGAGCCCUGGAAGUUCUCGGCGCUGGCUGCCUACAUGUUCAUGCUGAUCCUGCUUGGCUUCCCCGUCAACUUCCUCACGCUGUACGUCACCAUCCAGCACAAGAAGCUCCGGACGCCUCUAAACUACAUCCUUCUGAACCUGGCAGUCGCUGACCUCUUCAUGGUCUUUGGAGGCUUCACGACCACCAUGUACACUUCGAUGAAUGGGUACUUUGUCUUUGGAGUAACAGGGUGCUAUGUCGAAGGCUUCUUUGCUACUCUGGGUGGUGAAAUUGCUCUCUGGUCACUGGUUGUCCUGGCUAUCGAGAGAUACGUAGUCGUCUGCAAGCCCAUGAGCAACUUCCGCUUUGGGGAGAACCAUGCCAUCAUGGGCGUUGCCUUCUCCUGGAUCAUGGCCUUGGCGUGUGCAGCUCCCCCUCUCUUUGGCUGGUCCAGGUACAUCCCCGAGGGCAUGCAGUGCUCGUGCGGGAUUGACUACUACACUCUGAAGCCAGAGGUCAACAACGAAUCUUUCGUCAUCUACAUGUUUGUGGUUCACUUCAUGAUCCCGCUGAUGGUCAUUUUCUUCUGCUAUGGGAACCUGGUUUGCACUGUCAAGGAGGCUGCUGCCCAGCAGCAGGAGUCCGCCACCACCCAGAAGGCAGAGAAAGAAGUGACCCGCAUGGUCAUCAUCAUGGUCAUCGCCUUCCUGAUCUGCUGGGUUCCCUACGCCAGUGUCGCUUUCUACAUCUUCACCAACCAGGGGUCAGACUUCGGGCCCAUCUUCAUGACCAUCCCGGCUUUCUUUGCCAAGAGCUCCGCCAUCUACAACCCCGUGAUUUACAUCGUAAUGAACAAACAGUUCCGUAACUGCAUGAUCACAACCCUCUGCUGCGGCAAGAACCCACUGGGUGACGAGGACACAUCUGCUGGCAAGACAGAGACCUCCUCCGUCUCCACCAGCCAGGUCUCUCCUGCGUAGGCCCCCUGGAGCGGCCGGUCCUCGGGGCGCGCCUUGCCGCCCCGGGAGCAGGAACCUGGCCCUGCCGCUGCCGCCCGCCCCGCCGCACCACGGCCCCGGCCCCGCGGGGCAGGCUCCUCUCCUGGCACUAGGAACCCUGGGAACAAGGCUGUAAAUGUGUACACACGUUUUGUAAUUAAAAUGCAAAGGCUUAGCUCCUCCACUGGCGUAAAUCCGUGCUUUUCUGUUGACUUGCUGCGAGCUGGUGUCCCGAGGGCAGACCCCUGGACCUGACCCCCACCAUGGCAGAGCUGUCCUCGUCCCACUUGGCCCUGCCACGCUCCAGCUGCCCGGGGCUUUGGCUGCUGCGGGGUGUCCCUAGCCCUGCCCGGUGCUCCCAGCUCCAGCCCUGCCCCAGCCCUGCCCCGGGAGCUGCCGUGACCCCUCCGGCAGGGAUGGGCCGAGGUGCCGCUGCACGUGGGCCCCUCCGUACCGCAGAGGCGAUGGCUGCAGAUCCUGCAUGGCAAGCAAGUGGCCCCGAGGGGGCCCAGUGGCACAGCCCAGCAUGGCACAGCCGUGUGCGGCAUGUGCUUGGGGAGGGCUCGGAGCUUGCUCCAGCGGUGCAGCAGCGUGUGCCCGGUGUUCGCAGCCUCAGCAGCCCCCCUGAUGCCCCCCUGCAGGGAGCACCC